GUAGUAAAUAUGAGGAACCUUCUUAUUGAACAGCCUUUGGCUUAAUCGACGGUUAUGCUAAAGAAGACUUUUCAAGUAAACAGCUAGCUAUAAGAAACUCAAGAAUAUAUUGCAGAAAAAGGGAGCGACACACCAAACAACACAAUAGACAGUAGUCAAGAACAGUUGCACCUUGAAAACAGAAGACAUUGUUAAAUAAAUAAACUCAAUAGUUGACUGCAUUUACUGUUGCCCAGUUGGACACACAUGCACUUUAAUGAUAAAAACCAUGACAAUUCUGUUAUGCUUUGUCACAUGUGUUGGAUUCAUUUCAGAUUAUGUUUAAGGACCGGAGUCUGCAGAGCUGUGCUAUGCGGGGUCUGUCUGUGCAGGUUCUAACACUGCGGCAGCUGGGACAGCUGAGCUCACCCCAACUGCUAGCAGCGUGGAGCGGGCCGAGCCUCACGGCAUGGUGCCCUCGAACCCUACACGCUCGCCAACUCUGGGGCUCGAGUGCGCCACUAGCACAACGGACGGUGACCCUGUUGAAACCGUGGCAUGGCCCGCGGAACUGGACGCUUCAGCACGCGCGGUUGAAGAGCUCCAAGGAGAAAGGGAGAGGGAGAGGGAGAGCCUCCAGUCUGGAGGAGGAGGAGGAGGAGGAGGAGGAGGAAGAUCCAGAGGCCAGUGACUAUGAGGAUGAACUUCAAGAUGACCCUGAUCUUCCUGAAGGCUUUAAAGACAAUGAGAGAGUUAUUCAGUCCCUCCGCUUUGAUCUAGUUUUAAAGGCUGGUCUGGAUAUCGCUAGACAUAAAGUUGAGGAUGCUUUGUAUGACAACAAGCUGAGACUGAACGGACAGAAACUCAUAAAGAAAAGUAAAAAUGUAAAAGUGGGAGACACGCUGGAUCUGAUCGUGGGAGAGGACAGAGACCUGGACACGGUCAUAGUGAAGAGAGUCAUCCUCAAGAAGCUGGUGGGAGAAACGAAGGAUGCAAGCAAACACAAAGUCAUACUAAGAAGCUGGAAACACCUGCACCUCCCCAAACGGGAUGCCUUAAGUGAAUAAAAGCUGCACAUCUCUUGGGUUGUGAGUUAUAAUCGUCUUAUGAGCCUAGAGACAGUGUGUAUAACCCCCCAGCUCACCAUUCAUAGCGCACAACUCAUUUUAAAACAUUUAAUAGAAAAAAAAAAAUUAGGGAUGCUGCUCCUAUUAUGCUCAAAUGUAGACUUAUUAAUUCUUUGUAUUAUAAAGUUUCAUUUAUGGCUUGAUGGCAUCUACGGUACUGAUGUCUUUUGGCUUCUAAAUGUCUUUAUAAAUGUCUGUGGGUAAGCCUUCUGUAAUAAAAGGUCUCAAUGGGUCUACAAAGAA